AUGGCAGCAAGUUCCCAUCUGGGAGGCGCGGGCCUGCCUGAUGUGAGUCAGGGUCCCCAGAUCCUGGCGGCCACAUCAAUUACCACAAUCGUCGCACUCUUCGUGGUACUAGCCCGCGUAUAUGUCCGCGUCUUCGUCAUCCGGAAUGCAGGCCUCGAUGACUAUAUCAUGGUACUGACCAUGGCACUUUCCCUCUCCGGGUGGGCCGUGGUUAUACCAGAGGUCCUCUACGGCGCAGGAAGACAUACGGUCUAUGUCAAAAAUACGGUCACGAUAGCGAUGCAUCUGAAUUUUGCCACCCAGGCUAUCUAUAUGUGGGUGAUAGGCCUCGUCAAGAUCUCAAUUGGAUUGUUUCUCUUGCGUUUUGCCCCACGCCGGAGUUACAAGAUCUUUAUUUGGGUUGUUAUGGUCGUCAUGGCCCUCUACACUAUAAUAUUUUUUUUGACCCUCGUUUUUGAGUGCAAGGAUAUGCGCUCCAUCUGGGAUGAGAAUGUCAAGUCAAAGUGUUUCACGACCACACAGCUCUUAAAGCUGAGCUACACAAAUACGGGACUCAAUAUCUUGACCGACCUCAUUUUCGCCGUCCUACCAGCAAUUAUGCUGCGGCAUCUGCAAGUCAAUCGGCGUGUCAAAGCCUCGUUAAUUUGCAUCUUGGGACUGGGAAUUUUUGCCUGCGCCGCGGCGAUAGUGAAGCUUUCGGUCCUGCCCAAUUACGGCCGCACGGGGGAUCUUUUGUGGGAUUAUUCAACCCUCACGAUCUGGGUUGUUGUCGAGUCUAACAUGGGCAUUAUCGCGGGCAGCCUGCCCACCCUGAAGCCUCUCUUCAAGCAAGUCCUGGGUAGCUAUGGGUCCCAGACGAAGACGCGCCCAUAUACAUACGGCAGCAAACAGUAUCGUCUGCACUCGUUAUCGCGAUCCCACCAGGGCCAGCAGAAGUCUCUUCGCAAUGGAACUCUCAGCGGGUUGGACCCUGGCGGUGACCGCGAGGGUUCCCGGAUGAGCCCCGGACACCUUGCCACGACGAAAUCCACCACCAAAAGUCCCUACGGUGACAGUAGCAAUUCCAGCGAAGAACAUAUACUGUCUCGUCAAGAGUCCCGGGGGAUCAUUCUUACGACCGAGGUAGUGGUGUCACACACCUCCGCGGCGGCAGUGGAGCGGAAUCCCGGGAGGCGCGAUGACAUGGUUUAG